AUGGUUGCUUCUAUUGACGUGAAAGCAUUGAACAUCUUCGUCAACCAGCCAGUGUCUCAGAACAUGAUCCACAAGUUGGUCGUCACCACUUUGCAGGUGCUUCCUUGCCUGGAUGACAAGGAUGGCAAGACGGCCCACAGCGGCAAGCCAUUGCCUUCGCUCAUGACGUUCAUCAACAAGUUGGUCAGAUACACCAAUGUCUACACCGGCACCUUGAUGACCACCUUGGUCUACUUGGACAGAUUGAAGCACAAGCUUCCCAAGAACGCCCAGGGCUUGCCUUGCACCAGACACCGCAUUUUCUUGAGCUGUCUCAUCUUGGCUUCCAAGUUCCACAAUGACUGCUCUCCCAAGAACGUCCACUGGGCCAAGUACACCGACGGCCUCUUCUCCUUGAAAGACGUCAACCUCAUGGAACGCCAGUUGCUCUACCUCUUGAACUGGAACAUGCGCGUCUCAAACGACGAGAUGUGCACCCAAUUGGCCUCCUUCUUGCAGCCAAUCAAGGAGGACUUGGUCAAGCUGUCCAAGAUGAGAAAAUACUUGGCCAAGCAGCAGGCUGCUGCCGCUGCAAGUGCUUCCACCUCGGCGAGCCCCAGAUCUGCUCUGGUGUCUCCUUCGCCAUCCAUCUCGAGAUCUUCCUCCACUACAUCUCACUUGUCUUUGCACAACCCCCAUGCUACCCACACUCGCCAGAACUCUUCAGUUUCCGUGGCUUCCACCAACUCGGUCAUGUCGCACUACAGACAAGAUUCUUGCAGCCUGAUUGAGCUGCUUAGCCCCAGGGCCUCCAUGACUAAGUCAAACAGCUACAAUGACAAGCUCUCUCGUGAGGUCGAUCCUCGCAUUGAGAUGGCUGCAAGAAAUGAGGAGCAAGACAUUUCGUUAUCUGAUCCACAGCUGAAUGUCUACCCCGACCUUGUGCCUAUGCUUUCUCGGAUUCCCCAAUAUAGAAUAUCGGCAAGGAGCUUCUCGGUGUCCCGGCUACUUUUGAUAAACAACGGCGAUAAUAACAACAAUAACAACAAUAAUAAUGGGAAUAAGGACCAGCUCCGAAAGCUCGGCUCUAUCCUACUGAAGGGCAAAGUUGGCGAGCAAUCAGAUAAAGAGACCCGCAAGGGCACUGCUCUCAAUAUACAAUCGAAACCCGAGGUUCCUCCCUCCACGGCAGAUGAACUGUCCUUGGAUUUGGCGGUGAAGGAGAAUAUAGAUGAGCUCGAAGACUCCUACGAAACCAUAGCUUUCAUGACAAAGGACGAUGUCCUGAUUCAGGAGAACUUGGACGCUGGCGGCCAAUUCGGAGCAUUCCCAUCCAAGCAUUUUCUAGAUAGAAAAGCGCUUAUUAGAAGCCUACCGGAUGAAGUGGACAUGCUUGACACUCCUUGGGAGGAGAUCGAGCGCAUUUACAGCACCCUCAACAGACUAGACGAAGAUAAAGCGGUGCAUGCCAAAUACAUGAAACGAUUCGGCAUUGACGAGAAAGAUCUCAUGACAAGGCUACGCCUCGGAAAAAAUCUUGACGACAUGUGCAAGGCUGGUCGCCGAGGCGAGAAGUAUGAUGUUCCAAAAGGUCUCGAGAGAGUCUUCAAAAGAUUGUACCCAUACAACGUCGUUGGCUUCGACCGGUCUAUCCUAGGUGUACCCCUUAGAAACGGAAGGCACUCUUUGAAGAGUGACGACGAGGAGAAAGCACGCAAGCAGAUUCCAGAGGAGCUUGUCAGGGACAGUCGGCCUUUUGACACCAAAGUGCCAGUUCACAAAAUAGAUGUGAACUUCUUCGAAGAAGACCAACUCAAGGAAAGUAUUAGCCCUUAUGACCUGAAGCCACUUCCACCGGAGGAUUUACUUCGAAGCAUUGGCAAACCCAUGCUCUUCGAUGAUAUCGACAACUACAAGAAGAUCGAACACCCAUCGGUAGAGCUUUUGGAUCGCAUAGAAAGAGAAACCCUCACCCUCAAGGAUUCACUCUAUCUUGAAAUCGCCAGAAAGAUGAUUCCUUCGAACACUGACGUUGUCAAUUUGAACGCACCAAAAUUGCGAACAAACGAGUACGUGGUCGCUCUGAAAGAUCACCACGCCACUGCAUUAUCGGGACCAUCAUUAAGUUAUCGUUACAAGUACUUUGACCUUGUCCCUAUUUUCGGAAUGUUGCUCACUAGCAGAAAGCACUGCAACAAUCUCUACAAGCAUUUAUUCAAAGUCAUUCUCAUCAAUCUCGAGGAGCACAUUGAUGUUUUGACUCGCAUAAAGUACAAGCUGCCAGAAGAGUCACAAGCAUUCCUCGGGAAGCUAUACGCAAAGAUUCAUCGUGUUAUCUCGGAUAAGCUCAUGCCUAUGGCUGUGGACUGCAGACUCAAGUUCUCACUAGAGUACCAAGCAGUGAUGCACAAGCACAUCAUUUCGCUGAACUUUUCCAGAAUUUACUGGCUUAAAGCGCCACAGAAGCCGUCCAGCGGAGGCCGCGAUUAUGGCCGCCAGGUACGCAGAGAAGCGCACAGAGUGAAGGUCUACCCUCUAGACCUCGCACACCACAAGUACUCCAAGUAG